AUGGCCAAUCAAGAGAUAAGUCUGAAAUGGAAUGGGUACCAAAAUAAUAUUUUAACUAACGUUAAAGAAUUGUAUAGAGAUGAGGGCUUGUCCGACGUUACUUUAGUCUCAGAAGGGCAGAGUUUUAAAGCACAUAAAGUGAUUCUUUCUGCCAAUAGUUCAGUUUUCAAGAAUAUUUUUCAGCAAAACCCCCACAGGGAUCCAAUUAUAGUGCUACAUGACAUCAACACUGCCUCUUUACGGACUUUAUUGACUUUCAUGUAUAAUGGAGAAGUUAAUGUGACUGAAGAGUUCUUACCAGUUCUUUUGAAAACUGCUGAAACUCUGAGGAUAUGUGGUUUAUCAACUGGCAAUGAUACAGUUAAAGAUGAUGAGAAAACAACUUCAACAACAAAUCAAACCAAAAAGCGUAAGAAAAGUGAAAAUGAAGAUAAUAAUAACAAGUGCAAAAAGUUUGUUACUGCUGCAUCAAAAAGUGACAUUGUAGUGAAUUCUAGCAUGCCAUCUGAAACUGCAAAGAUCUCUAGUGUAGUACCCAAAGUGGAACCAAUAGACUCUCCAUUAACAGAUUAUUCUGGAGAAAAUACGAAUGAUACAGAUAUUGCUUUAAUGGAUGAUGUUGUAGAAAAGAAAUAUGCCAUAAGUAAUGAAAAUAUCACUGGAAAGUCUCAUAGUAUGUUAAUCUCUGAUUGCUGUCCUAAAAAGUGGAUUAAUGAAGUGAGCAGUACUCAGCCAUGCCUAAACGCAUUAAAUGAGAAAACUAAUGGCAUUGAUUCUGUGGAGGAAGACAAGGAUAGUGUCGAGAUAGAUAAAGAAGUAGAAACGGUUUUACAAAGUGGAACAAUUGUUGUUGAGUCGUUAAGUAUAACCACUGAGAAUUUGAACUCGGUGUCCAGCGAAGCUCAGAUUUGUAAAGAUAAAAAUAGCACCUGCUAUGCAAACCCAUCCUUCCCAUGUCCAUUUUGUCCUCGUAUAUACAACAGUUGGGGCUAUAGGCGAAGACAUGUGAAGUCAAGGCAUGUGACAAACAGACUAUCCUGUAAAUGGUGUGUAUCGGUACUGCCAUCUACCGGAGCGUGGUAUUCUCACGCUACACGUGCUCAUGGUGUACCACAUGAGGAAGCACGCAAUUCCCUUGUGGUUAUGGUGGAAGCACACGCUGUACUCACACUAAACGAGCCCAGCGUCGCCCAGCUGCUUGGACAGGUGGGUAUCACUGAUGGGACUGUAGAUGCCAACAAAAAAGAUAGUUCUUAA